GUUCAAGGUAGAAUUUGGGAAAUUCGCGAAAAAAUACUCUUAUUUUUUUCACCAUAAACUGUAUUUUAAAACCUCUUUGAUGUGAAAAGACACAUUUUCAAUGACUACUUAAGACUUUGUGAAUGUUUAUGUCUUACUCAGAUGAUUGGUGGAUUUAUCCAUUGUUGAAAAAAGAACAAUCAAACUGACAGACCAUCUGGAUCGGGGCGCCUCCUCCUCCCCCGACAAUUCACGGAUGGCGGUGUGCCGGGUUCCAACACCUCCACCGCCAGAGGUGUCUUGUCCGGUGGCAGAGAACUGGUGUUACACACAGGUGAAAGUGAUUAAGUUUUCAUACAUAUGGACCAUCAAUAACUUCAGCUUUUGUAGGGAGGAGAUGGGAGAGGUGUUAAAAAGUUCUACAUUUUCUGCUGGUGCUAAUGAUAAACUAAAAUGGUGUCUGCGAGUGAAUCCCAAAGGACUUGAUGAAGAAAGUAAAGAUUACCUGUCCCUCUAUCUCCUACUAGUUUCAUGUAAUAAAAGUGAAGUGCGGGCAAAGUUCAAAUUUUCUAUAUUAAAUGCCAAGAGAGAAGAAACAAAAGCAAUGGAAAGCCAAAGAGCUUACCGGUUUGUUCAAGGAAAGGACUGGGGUUUCAAGAAAUUCAUUCGACGGGACUUCCUGAUGGACGAAGCCAAUGGAUUACUUCCAGAUGACAAGCUGACAAUAUUUUGUGAGGUCAGUGUGGUGGGUGACACAGUGAAUGUCUCGGGACAGUCCAACUGUUCGCCCGUCAAGGUGCCGGAGUGUCGACUCAGCGAUGAUCUGGGUCAGCUGUUUGAGCGGUCCGCUUCCAGUGAUGUCACGCUCUGUGUGGCCGGCAGAGAGUUUCUAGCUCACAAAGCAAUUUUGUCUGCACGAUCACCUGUAUUUAAUGCAAUGUUUGAACAUGAGAUGGAAGAAAGAAAACAGAAUCGUGUUGACAUCACAGAUGUGGACCAUGAGGUGAUGAGAGAAAUGUUGAGAUUUAUUUAUACAGGGAAAGCUCCCAACUUAGAAAAAAUGGCUGAUGAUUUGUUAGCAGCUGCAGACAAGUAUGCACUGGAGAGGUUAAAAGUGAUGUGUGAAGAGGCUCUGUGUUCGAAUCUGACGAUAGAAAGUGUCUGUGAAAUUCUUGUAUUGGCCGACCUCCACAGUGCAGAUCAGCUGAAAACACAUGCAAUAGAUUUUAUAAAUAGUCACGCAACCGAUGUAAUGGACACACAGGGGUGGAAAGCCAUGAUCUCCACACAUCCACAUCUCAUUGCAGAGGCCUUCCGGGCCCUCGCCAGUCAACAAGGACCUCCCCUUGGCCCCCCCAGAAAGAGAGUCAAACCAUGAUAUUCAUCUUGUGAUAGUUACCUCCCUUGCAUGGCUCAAACAUUCUCACUGUAUCGGCUGAAAACAUUGGGACUGAAAAUUGUAUUUAGAAAUCUCAUGUGUGACAAUUUGUGUCGAAAAUAAUUCAGUAUAUAGACAUUGACCUGAAGAAGAAAUAUUGAGUGUGUAGAUUUGAAAUGGAAUAUUUAUUUAAAAGUACAUGUAGUUAUUUUGAAAUAGAAAUCAAAUAUCUGUACAAUUUUAUUUUUUUUAGAUCCAAAAUACAGUUGAAUCCCGUUGGCUUGAACCCCGUCGAUGCUUGAGAAAGUGUUAGACCCAUCGGGUAGUUCAGCCUAACUUGGGACUUUGUUUUUGGUUCGACCAUUGUAGUGUAUUCGACCCUUCUGAGUUCGACCCAAUGAGAUUCUACUGUAUAUAAAGAUAUCUUCUUGUCAAAAAUAUUUCUAAAUUUUAAAAUUUCAAAAUGAAAGGAUAAGAUGUAGAAAAAUAGCUAGAUUCAUUUUAAAAUGUUACCAUCUUGCUUUAAAGCCCAAAAAGAAAAAAUGUAAUUUUUUCACUUGUAAGUGUUGACUAUGAAUUGAAUUAUACAUUAUAUUUGAUCUGUUUUCACUUGGAGUUAGUUCCCUUGUGAUAGUGAUUGUCAUGGUAAACUGGAAAUGUUUAUUAUAGUUGUACACUAUACUUGAUCGGUUUUACUUGGAGUUACCUCCCUUGUGAUUGUUGUGACACGGAAGUGUUUACUGUAUGGUGAUGCUGUGAUUCAUAAGUGCUGCAGUUGUUCGUUUUUCGGGGGAGGAUGUUUUGGAAGUUUACGGACAGUGCAUCUGAAGGAGAAUAUAUGGAAGUCUUCGACCAUUUCUUCGAUUGGACUUUUGGAGAAUAUGGAUCAGUACAUUUGGUGGACCAUAUUUCUUCUAAUCAUCCUGUUUUUUAAUCCGGAUAUCUUUGGACCUCAAUAACAUUUUUAUUUUUUGGCCUUCGUCAUGAGCAAAACCAAGGGGAGCUGAAGAUCACUCUCCUUAAAUGAUUCCAGCUGAGAAAAAAAAAAAAAAUUCAGUUAAAAUGUAUCGUGAAACCCCUCUAAACAGGACACCGUCAGGACCAAGUAAAAUGCCUGGUUUAAGAGGAAUUCCGAUUUACAGAGGGUCCGAUUUUGAGAGGUUUCUCAGUACUACCAAUUUUUGUUGCUAGGUGAUCAAUUUGCAGCUUUCCUGCUUUUGGUUUUAAUGCUAUUUUAAAAACAUUUCCUGUAAAUGUCUUGAUUAAAAAAAAAGCUCACAGUAACAUCUAUAGUUUAGACGAAGUCGAGACCAUGCACAGUUGGGGCUAGCUCUAUCAAUCGACAAAUUCACCAACUGAAUUUUCAAAACAAUUUGUGAAUUUUAUUUUAAUUUGGCAAAAUAAUUUCCUGUGAUGAUUGAUCAUUUGUUGGAAAAUGACUGUUGGUUUUUACAAUUCUCAAAAGUUUCCUAAAUAGUUUGGCAAAAUGUUUUAGUCACUCAGAGCUAUCCCUGAAUGUUCCCCCCCCCCCCCCCCCCCCCCAAAUUAUCUUUUUCUCAUUUUCGUCUCUUAAGUGAACUUUGUGUACAAGAUCUGCAGAGACUGUCAGGAAAACAAAGCUUUUAUUCAGCUUUUGUGAAUUGUGACCAUUAGUGACGAAGAAAGUUCGAAUGUAUCAUAAGAGUUAUGACUUUAAUUACUACAUGUUUUGCUGACGCCAUAUAACCGUAAAUAAAAUGUGCUGAGUGUGUCGUUAAAUGAAACAUUUCCUUCCUUUCCAUCAUGCUUUGAUGAAGACAAAAACUUUUAAAAGAUGUCUAAAAAAAACUGUUCAUACUUCUGGAGAAGCUUGAGUAUCAGAUUUAAGCUGUAGUGAAUUCCCAGGAUGCAAGAGAAGAAUUGACUGAGAUGAAAUGUCUCAAAUGUUUUCCAGUUCAGGAUUUUUUGGAGUCAUCAGAAAGCUGUUACUGGUCAUAUCGUUGAUGAAAAGCUCGCAACAAUAUUCUACCUUUCCGACUCUACAAGGACCCUGCUGAUUUGUAAUUUAUUUUUACCAAUACUAGUCUGCUUCCAAAAAACAUUUAAUGAAUUUGAGUAUAAGCUUAUGCACUCAGGAUAUAAAAAAAAAAACCCUGCAAAGUUCCGGAUUUAUCAUUUCUUUUCACCAUAGCUGCUAGUCUGUUUUUGAAAACCUUUAAUAAAUUUGAGUAUUAGCUUAUGCAGUCAAGAUCUAAAAAAAUGUUUUCUAGACUUCUGAUCAAGUUGUGCUAAAUUCUGAGUAUCACAAAUUGUCUUCUUUUUAUGAUCAACUAUUGGCGAGGCUUAUGUGUGGGUUUCAUGCCUUUGAAAAUCUUGAUUUCACACAAGAUUUAGCAAAGAAUCGGAAUGAUAAGCUUCAUGGAGGAUUUGUAAAAAAACAAAUUUUUAAAAUAGCAAGCUUUACAGAAUCUAGUUGGUAUUUAGAGAUCGCUGGUAACAUUCGUUAGAGCUAACUUUUGCUUUGCAGACAUGACUGAUUUUUUUUUUAAUUUUAAAGAAGAAAUAAAGUGGAAUUUUUGUAAAAAAAAAAAAAAAAAAAUUCAAGUUUUACAGAAUCCGAGUAAAUUAUCACAAAGAUUGCUAGAAAUAUAGUUUAGAGCCUUGCUUUAUAGAGGUAACUGGAUUUAAGAAAAACAUUAUUUUCAUUAAAUGUUUUUGAAUGCAGAUGUAAAUUGGAUGUACAUGUUUAAAAAAGAAGAGGAGGACCUAUCACAUUUCUUGUUAAAAUGUGUAUCACAAGGUAUCGGCAGAUUGGAUGUCUGGAAAUGCUUCGAGCCAAAGAAAUGGAAAUGUUACAGAAAACAAAGACUAAUUGUUUCAUAGCAUUAAAGUAUUUGGGGGGUUUUUGGUCAAUACUUGCAGUUUGUACAGAACAUGGUUCUGGGUGGGGGGUUUUGGUCAAUACUUGCAGUUUGUACAGAACAUGGUUCUGGGUGUGGGUUUUUUCAUUUUCAGGGCUUAAGCUGGACAAUAAAUACUGCUAAUGAUUGAGAAAGCCGGGCUAGCUCUUACACUCGCCAAGUUCGCUAAUUGCAAAUUAUGAAAACAAUUGGCAAAUUUUAUUUUAAUAUGGCGAAAGAAUUUCAAGUAUUAAUUGAAAUUUUGUUACACAAUAACUGGGUAUAGGAAGUUUAAUAAAUAAUUUGGCAAAAUUAUCUGCUGAUGCAGAGCUAGCCGUGGAAAGUUUUAUGUUUUGAAAUGUGUAGCCAAACUCAUUUCUUAAAAAACACGGCUUUUGAUUGCACAAAUGUGGGCACAGUAUGUUUUGGGGGUUUUGUUUGUUUGAGAACACGAAGUUUAAAAAAAAGAAAGAUACUUAUCAUUUGGUGGGUACAAGGUGUUCAUUAUGAGACGAAAGUACAAACUUGUUUCUUUGUCUCACCUUUUAUAAAGUAAAAAAGUAUCAACUUUUUUGGUUUAGCACAUCAUUAAAGUGACUUUUAAUAGGUUUUCUGUUUAGAGAGGUUCUAUUUGUUACUAAUAUUUAAAAAGGGACCGUAAAAAAAAGUUCCGUAUCAAAGGAAUUCUGGAUUACAAAGGAUCCAGUUUUGGUAGGUUUCACCGAACUAUGUGUUAAAUUUUUAAGUAUACGAAAAUAAAAGGAAAAAAAAAAAAGAUUUAAAAUUCUCAUUCUCAAUUUGAAAUGAGAAAUAUGUCUAUUCCACUUCACUUUCAAUUUGCCAGUUUAUUGAAGAACAGCUUAAUCCCUGAAUAUGUGAUUCUUGUUUCAAGUAUCUUCACCCUGUAAGAUAUCAAAAUAUUAUUACGUCUUUGUUUUCCAGCUCUGUCGUACACACUCCGAGCAAAUAAUAACUUGUAAAGUGUUUGGUUCUCAUUGUACAGAUAAUGUGUGACUGAUCUGUGUGUCUGGCUUUCCGAUAAAAUUGAUUAAGGGACAUGGUCUUCUUGUCACUUUGACAUUUCUGUCUCCACAGUGGUUUUUUGAAUGAAAGUGGAAUACUUUCACGUGAAAUUUAUGUGUAUUAUCAACUAUCAGGGAUAUGAUUUUUUUAUUAGCUUUUUAUCUGAAUUUGGCUUCUUGUUUUUUCGUAGUUUUUUCGUUGUUUUUUUUGUUUUUUUUGCUAAUGUAAAAUAAUUUUCACAAAGUAGAUUGGAUUUGAUCUGAAAUGGGUAUAACAUCCAUGUCUACAAAUUCACACUCCACACACGGUUUUCAAAUUUUAUCUGGAAAUUAGUAUAAAAUUUAUAUUCAUGAUCCAUUGAAGUUUGAAGUUCCAUAAACCCUAGUCUCACAUACACAAAUUAUAUUCCGAAUGGGCCCGAUUUAAGAAUUCUUGGUGAUUCUUGGAUAUACGUACUGAGACCAUAGAGGGUUCCUGGCCUUUCGUCAGUAUUCUUGAAUGUUCUGGAUCGACUCCUGACUCGUGCAAAAUUUGGGAGCAAUCGGGGCUGCAUAGGAUCGUUUAUAUUCCUGAACAUUCGGGGUAUAAUUUGUGUAUGUGAGACUGGGGCUAUACAGUAGGAUGUAAAUCUAACGGAUACUUACAACUAUCCAGCAGGGGUCGAAAUUGGCCGAAGUUCUUGCCGGACAAUCGGUCCGGUAUACUACAAAUUCUACCAGAUCGAAUUGAAACUUACCAGACCAAACAUGAUCAUAAAGUAUAAAUGCUAAAUAAUUGCCUAGCCCUUGUAUGUUAAAACCCCCUGUGGUCAAAAUCCCUUUCAGUCAAAAGACCCUCCGUUCUAAACCCCCCCCCCCAAAACCCCCCAAAAAACGACAUCUGAUAUAUUUUCAUGUGGUGCCUGCAUUAGUAUUUUUCAAUGCAACAACAUUAAGAAUUGAUGUCAUAUCACGUUUCCUUAUAUAAAGAUGAUGAUAUUUAUUUGUUAUAUGAAGAGUUCAUUUUUAAAAGAGUAUAUAUUCAUUUACCGAAUUUUGAGAAAAAACAUGUUUGCUGUAACAUAACAUAGCAUAGUUUUAAGAUUCUGUUCAAUGGGCAUGGAUAGUGUUUUGGUCCGAAUCUUAUUGUUGAGUAUUGUUGAGUAUUAUUGAGUUAUACUAAUGUCCGUGUACCUUAAAGUGACAGACCCUACUUUUUAAACACUAAGGCAUAUUUUUCACCUAGACCCUAGUUUCAACCCGUGAAAAUUGACACUAAGUUUGGUUAAUUUACAAACCUGUAAUGUUCAUAUUUGGAUACAACAGAGUGAAACAAGAGUCUGUGACGUUGAAAUACCCUUUAAAAAUAGACUAAAACGUGACUCCAUAAAGUUACUUUUCAGACACGUGCAUUUUUAAAAAUAUGAAAAAUGCAUUAAGUGGUGUUAAAAACACCAGGUUGACCAGAAACACUUUGGUUGUACGGAAAUGGAUAAUCUAAAGAAUAAAAUAUAAGUAAUAUUUGAUAUCGGUGAUCAUAAAUGGCUCUAAGAGUGAAAAUAUGCCUUACUGUUUAAACACUAGGGUAUAUCCCUUUAACUUGCUAACUUCAAAAUUUGGACAUUGGCAUAUAUCAUGUUUUGGAAAUAAACUCUUCAUAUGUA